CAAAAUCCAGCUAUAUUUAUAUGGCUAUUGAGGCCACAUGUGCACUCCCUGUGCCUCAGACUAGUAAUACCUCUCUCUCUCUCUCUACGUUUGGCGGGAAGCUGAAUAUUCCUCUUUCGAGAUUUUCCAGAGGAGUAACUAUCUGCUGUGGUAUUUCCUCCAUACAUACAGCGUUAUGAUUUCCAAUACCAAUCAUUUACUUGUACGUGUAAUUGGAGGACGGAUCUAAAAACGCUUUUCCUUUUUGUAAUUUAUAUUUCUUCUGGACCGUCACGCACUGGAUUAGUUUCAUCCGCUGUAGUCCUUUGCACUUGCACCAUAAACUUGCCUCCAGCAGCAAUCAUUUCUCUCUUUCUCUCUCUCUCUCUCUCUCUCCCUCUCGUUUUGAGAAAUGGAGAAAACCGCAUCUCCACCGUCGGAUCCAAAAGCCGUCUCACCGCAAUCAAAAUCGCCACCGCAGCAGCUCGAAUCAUCUCCGCCGUCGACUCAUCAUCACGCGCAACAAUUCGCCACCGAUUUCACCACACUUUAUCACUCGAUUUUCCCGCCAAAACCACCGGCACUUCCGUCUUCUCUCUCUUUCUCUCUAACUCCGUCCUCCACCUCCUCCGCGUCUGCGACUGAUGACACCGAAUACCGCCUUCAGCAAGCGAGUCUGAUUUUAGAAUAUCAAGAACUUUGCGACCACUACGACCUCUGUCUCUCUCGUCUCCAAUCUCUCUCUAAAGAAAUCGACUCUCUUCGUCAAGAAAAUGCGGAUCUCAGAUUAGUCAACAACGACCUCCUUAGACUUCUCAGUAUUUCUUCCAUACAUAACCGUCGCGAGAUUGCUGAACCGAGUCGCUUCGAGAGGAGAAAUAACACGGAGCGAGUUAUGUUGCCAAAAAGCAUUUCGGUUCGGUCUAGUGGUUAUCUCAAACUGAAUCCAGCCGCUUCUAGCUCUUCAACUCGGCCUCUACUUGCGAGUCAUAAUCUCGAUCAACUCAUCUCUGGAUCGCAGGUGCAUCAGCAGCAGAGAGUGCGUGUGGCGGGAGGAGGCGGCGGCGGCGGAGGCAACAAGAGAGAGGAAGCAGCAGUGGAGAUGGAGGUGUAUAAUCAAGGGAUGUGGAAGACGGAGUUAUGUAACAAGUGGCAGGAGACAGGCAUGUGCCCUUACGGUGAUCAUUGCCAGUUUGCUCAUGGGAUAACGGAGUUGCGUCCCGUUAUAAGGCACCCAAGGUACAAGACUCAAGUUUGCAGAAUGGUUGUUGCAGGUGAAGUCUGUCCAUAUGGUCAUAGGUGUCAUUUUCGACAUUCUCUUAGUGACCAAGAGAGACUAAUAACGGGCCCACGUUGAUGCGCAUGGAAAUGUAAACAUUAAGCAAUUGCUAAGGGGGAAGAUGAAUCAUGUAUAUAUAUAAAAAAAGGAAGCCUAACAAAGAACCAAAUGAAAAGGGGAAGAGAAGUGAUCAUAAAUAAUAAAUAUAUUAAGAGAAAAGAAAUGAUAAUAAUUAGUGAAGCUGGGUGAUAUUAUGAGUUGAUGAUAAUAUGGGUAUUGAUGGGGUAAGUAAUUACUAAUGGAAAUUGGAUAUAUACUUUUUUUGAUUGUUUUGUCUUAGGAAAUAUAAUUGUGAAUUCGCUGAUGUGGAGUUGGUUCGGUUAUGGUAAAGAAGGAACAACCCAACCAAACCAAACCAACAAAAAAUAGACCAAACUUCAGGUCUGUAAUGAUGAUGGUGAAGAUAGUUUUGAUGUGCAAUGCUACGCAACCUUCAUUUCAAGUUAGUUAUAUUUUACUACGUCAUAUCUCUUAUAUAUUGUUGCAUUUUAUUUAUUUA